AUGAAUCUGUCUUUGUUUCUGUUGAUUGUUCUGCUCGGUUUACUGUCAACAGUUUUUUGCUCACUUCAGGGUUUAACUAAUCAUUAUCGAGAGAAUAUACCACGCUUCAAACAUGUAUCCAAUGAGAGAAACGAAGUUUUUCUUGGUGACGAAAUAAAACUUGAUUGUCAAACUGCUGCUUCAAAAAUCCCAACUUUUGUUGAAUGGUAUCGUAAUGAGAAGCUAUUAAAAAAUGAAGUGAUUGAUAUCGAAAGAAUCAGAAAGGACAAUAACAAAAUGAUGCUUCACUUGAGAGAUAUCGAUGUAUCUGAUCAGGGUUUGUGGUCAUGUCGAGUUCACAACGCUUAUGGUCAGAUAACUCGAAAUUUUACAAUCGAAGUGAUUGACUUUUGUGAUUAUUUCCUCAUUCCUGACAUUCAACAUUGGCGAAUUCCCAUGGAAUGCGUAUGUUUGUGGAAAUACAACAAAGAAGCAAAACGACCAGAUGUAGACUAUCGAGCAGCAACUGCUGAGAACUGUGCCAAAUACGCAUCAAGAAUGAUACACCGUGCACGAAAACCUUUUCCGAGCCUUCCCUGCCUUGGUGACCACUGUCAAGGGUUUGAUGUAACUCCGGUUUCUGAUUUUGACUUUCCUGGGAAAUACGACAAGGAUCCGAAUGUGAAGCGUGUUGUGUUGAAGAAAGAUGAUGUGAUUGUUUCAUUGCAUGACUCUUCAGAAUCGUCAAAUGAACGAAAAACUCAAUUCCUUCACGGAGAUGAUGACGAUGAAGAUUAUCAUGUAGCCAAACCAGUAUCUCCUGAUGCUGGGCUCACAGAGCUCAAUGCAACCGCCGAGGAGCCACCGUAUUUCAGAUCUCAUGAUAACAUUGUUCUUUUUAAUGAAACUCAUGCACUUCCUGCUGGUCGCACUUUGCAACUCAAUUGCCGAGCACAAGGAUAUCCAGAGCCCGACAUAUUCUGGUUCAAAGACGGAAAGUUAAUUGACAGAAGUAGUUCAAGAUCAGGUGGAUAUGAAUACAAAUUCAAAAGAUGGUCGUUAGAAGUAGAAGACGCGCUUGUAGCUGAUUCUGGGGACUUCCAUUGUGAAGCCACCAACGUUGCUGGUGUUGUCAGAAAAUUCUUCCAUGUCCUCAUUGUCAAUAGAAUGAGACGUCCUCCUAUCAUUGUUCCAAACAUUCUCAAAAAUGUCACAGUUAAUAUUAAUGACACUGCCACUUUCAAUUGCAAAGUCGUUUCUGAUCUUCUUCCUCACAUCAUGUGGGUCCGUGUCAAUAAGAUUAACGGGUCGUACAGCUACUAUAACACUACAGCGGAAGAAUUCAUGUUCAAUUACACUGAAAUGGAACAGUUUGAUAAAGCACAUAUCCAUCAUGUUGGUGAUGAAUCGGCCCUCACUAUCGUCAAUGUAACUCUAGAGGACCAGGGAGUAUAUGCAUGUUUGACUGGAAACUCGUUAGGAAUGACAAUGGCAAACGCAACGCUGACAGUAAAUGAGUUCAGGGCAAUUCAUUUACUUACUGGUGAUGAACCCUCACGUAAUAAAUGGACAACAUCCGAUUACAUUUUCACCAGUGUAUUGUCGUUCUUGGCAAUCGCCAUUACUAUUCUUGGAAUCUUCGUCUAUAUUUGCAAGCCAACCCUCCAAAAGAAAGGAUUUAUGGAGGAUACUGUUGGACUUGUAGGUAGAAAGAAAAGAGUUGUUGUUUGCAAGAGACCUCUUGGCGAAAACGAGGAAAAUGCGGAAGACGGUCCAUCACCAUAUCAAAUUCAGGUUAUUGAAACACCGAUGACAAAGAAAGAAAUGGCGAAAAAACAGAAGAGAAGAGCGCAUUCGGAUAAUACGGUACUUUCGGAGUACGAAGUUGAUUCGGAUCCGAAAUGGGAAAUCGAAAGAUCAAAACUGACUCUGGAUCACACAUUGGGAGAAGGCGCGUUCGGAGAAGUAUACAAGGCGACAUGGAAACAAUCAGACACCAAUGACGUUGCUGUUGCCGUGAAGAAACUGAAAGUGACAGCACAAGAAAAAGAGCUGAUUGAUUUGGUCAGUGAAAUGGAAACGUUCAAAAUUAUAGGGCAGCAUGACAAUGUUCUUCGUUUCCUUGGAUGUUGUACAGGGCCUGGACCAUUAUAUGUGGUUGUUGAGUUAUGUAAACACGGAAACCUCCGUGAUUUCUUGAGAGCUCAUAGACCAAAGGAAGAUAAGCCAAAGAAAUCAAGUCAAGAAUUGACAGACUAUUUGGAACCAAGAAAGACUACUGAAACGGAAAAUGUUGAGCUCAUCCCAAAUCUCACACAACGUCAUCUUGUGCAAUUCGCAUGGCAAGUGGCACAAGGAAUGAACUUCUUGGCCGAAAAGAAGAUAAUUCACCGAGAUUUGGCCGCGAGAAAUGUCUUAGUAGGGGAAGGACAUGUACUGAAGAUAUCUGAUUUUGGAUUAUCUAGAGAUGUACAUUUCGAACAUUACUAUAGAAAACGUGGAAAUGGUAGACUUCCAAUCAAAUGGAUGGCUCUCGAAGCAUUGGAUUCCCAUGUUUAUACUGUGGAAAGUGAUGUAUGGUCUUAUGGAGUGUUGCUUUGGGAAAUUAUGACACUUGGCGGAACUCCCUAUCCAACAAUUGCAAUGCCUCAACUUUACAACACUUUGAAAGAAGGAUACAGAAUGGAAGCACCUCAUCUCUGUCCACAAGAAGUUUACCAAUUAAUGUGUGGAUGUUGGCAAGAGAAAAUGGACGAGAGACCAUCGUUUAAAAUGAUUGUGGAUUAUUUGGAUUGGAUGUUGACUAUGACUAAUGAAGCUAUUGAAGGUUCACAAGAAUUCAAUGUAGAUGAUCCAUUCUUCUUGGAGAGAUCAACUGCAUCUGGUCCGGUGUCUCCAAUGGAGUCAUUCAAAAAAAUCAGAAAACAUCGUCCACUUUCUGCACCAGUCAAUCUUCGCUCUGAGCCGCUUCACACUAUCUGCGACGAUUACGAUCCCACUUUCAUAGUUGAUCCACCUAGUGGUGGUGGAAAACCUGACAUAUACAGUAACGACAAUCUUCUGAAGGAUCAUCUCAUCUCUCCGGACACAUCUCAAUUGUACAUCCACAAAGCGCUCGACGAAACGAAUGGAAACGGGUACGUUCAUCAAGAUAGACUAGCACGUGCCAUCAGCGGUAUUGCCAACCAAUCACUCGAUUCGGCUCUUGGUUCUCCAGCUUGGCCUUCGUACGAUCGCUCCCCUAACAAAGCUUCUUGUCUAGACCCAGCCCAUCAAUACUAUAACACAACCUCUAAAAUUCAAUACCUCCACUUCACGUUCGAUGAGCAUGAUGCUUUGACUAGAUCUAGAGACUCUGCGAUAUUCGAGGAAUCAUAUCACCCAAACUAUAUCCAGUCUCACCCUCUCUACUCAAAAAUUUUAAUAAAAAAGAACAUGACGCCUCGCAACUCUUUUCCGACAAAGGAAACUAUUGUCUAA